UUCUGCAUUAUCGACACUGUUUGGGGGGCGACAAGCGACAUUAGUCACGUGACGACGAUCGACAUUUGAGGAGGUAUCUGGCCACGAGUGCAAGGAACAAUGCCCUCAAGCAAUCCGCUACCCCCGAAAGAAAAUGCCUUAUUUAAAAGAAUUUUGAGAUGUUACGAACAGAAGCAAUACAAAAAUGGGUUGAAAUUUGCAAAGCAGAUCCUGUCAAAUCCCAAAUUUACAGAACAUGGAGAGACCUUGGCGAUGAAAGGUUUGACGCUGAACUGUCUAGGACGCAAAGAGGAGGCUUACGAGUAUGUGAGAAGGGGGUUAAGGAACGAUUUGCGUUCACACGUUUGUUGGCAUGUUUAUGGACUUUUACAAAGAGCGGAUAAAAAAUAUGACGAAGCCAUCAAGUGUUAUCGCAAUGCACUCAAGUGGGAAAAGGAUAAUAUGCAGAUUCUUAGGGACUUGUCUCUGCUACAAAUACAAAUGCGCGAUUUGGAGGGGUACAGAGAUACACGCUACCAACUGCUUAUGCUCAGGCCAACGCAGAGGGCUUCCUGGAUCGGGUAUGCUAUGUCCUUUCAUUUGUUAGAAGAUUACAAGAACGCUUUGAACAUUUUGGAAACAUUUUUGGACCAACAGCAGAAGGGGAAUAAUUACGACUACGAGCACAGCGAAUUGUUACUUUAUCAAAACCUGGUGAUCCAAGAGUCGGGCGAUUUAAAAGAGGCCUUGAAACAUUUGGAAUCCUCCCAAGAUCAGAUCGUUGACAAGCUGACGCUUAAAGAAAACCUAGGUGAACUAAAUCUAAAAUUGAAAAUUUUCGAUAAAGCUGCAAAAUAUUACGAAGAAUUAAUCCAAAGAAAUCCGGAAAAUACCUUGUACUAUAAUAAACUAAUCGAAGCGAAAAAAUUGACCAAACCCGAAGACGUUGUUAAAUUUUAUCUUGAGUGUUCCGAAAAAUAUCCGCGUGCGAUGCCGUCACGAAGACUGCCAUUAAAUUACGCGAUUGGUGAACAAUUUAAAACUCUCGUCGAUAAAUACAUGAGGAGGGCGCUAUCGAAAGGCGUACCUCCACUUUUCGUCGAUUUGCGUUCGUUAUACACAGAUAAGAGUAAAGUGGAAAUUAUUGAAAAUUUAAUGUUACAAUACGUGGAUGCGCUAAAGAAAGUGGGCAAAUAUAGUGAGGCCGAAGUCAACAACGGACCCAAAGAGCCGGCUUCCGCACUGUUGUGGGUUUACUAUUAUCUGGCACAACAUCAUGAUUAUCUGAACCAGACCGAAAAGGCUGUGAGCUACAUAGACGCCGCCAUUGAACACACUCCAACUUUGAUCGAACUCUUCGUUACCAAAGGCAGGAUCUACAAGCACGCCGGCGACCCACAAGAGGCGUACAAAUGGCUCGAUGAAGCUCAAGCUCUUGACACCGCCGACCGUUACAUCAAUUCCAAAUGCGCCAAAUAUAUGCUCAGGGCAAAUCGGGUAAAGGAAGCCGAAGACACCUGUGCCAAGUUCACGCGAGAGGGCGUUUCGGCGAUGGAAAAUCUCAACGAAAUGCAAUGCAUGUGGUUUGAAACCGAAUGUGCUUUGGCUUAUCAGAGAUUGGGCAAGUACGGGGAGGCUUUGAAGAAGUGUCACGAGACGGAUAGGCACUUUUCGGAAAUUAUCGAGGAUCAAUUUGAUUUCCACACUUAUUGUAUGAGGAAAAUGACGUUGCGGUCGUAUGUGGGGCUUUUGCGACUUGAAGAUGUGCUCAGGGGACAUCCGUUUUAUUUUAAGGCUGCCAAAUGUGCCAUUGAAGUGUACCUGCAUCUGUUCGAUGAGCCUCUCAAGGACGAAAAUGCCGAACAGGAGCUUAACACCGAAAAUUUGGCACCUUCAGAAUUAAAGAAGUUGAGGAACAAACAGCGAAAAGCUCGCAGGAAGGCGGAACAAGAGAGUGCUCAAGCAAGAGAAGCGCAAGUGAAACGAGACCACCAUCAUAAAUCACGCCAACAAGGGGAUGUUGAAGCGGACGCACCUCAAUUGGACGAACUAAUCCCCGAUAAGUUGGCAAGGGUAGAAGAUCCGCUCGAACAAGCCAUCAAGUUCCUCCAACCCCUUCAGAUAUUAGCUAAAAAUCGAAUAGAAACUCAUUUAAUGGCUUUUGAGGUUUAUUAUCGAAAAAAAAAAGUUUUGUUAAUGUUGCAAUCCUUGAAAAGGGCUCAUCAAAUCUCACCGCAGAAUCCAAAGCUACACAGUUGCCUGAUCAGAUUUUACGAAGUGAUCGAACAAAAUAAAAAUUCGUGGGAUCCGGCCGUCGAACAAGUGGUGACACAAGAAGCCAAACUUUUGUUCAACGGAAAGGACGCCAAACAGCUCAAUAAAGAAUUCCUAGAGACGAACUCGCAUAGUUUAGAAGCCGUACUCGAAUGCUGUCGAAUGAUGUUUUACCUCGACAACAAAACACAAAGCACUGCUCUCAGUCUGGUUACCAACCUAGACAAUAAAUACGAGGAUGUCACUCUACAAAAUUGUGUAAAUGUGGCGGAGGCUUUGCGACGAGGCGAUUUUGGAAGUUGUGAUGCUCAAUUAGAGGAUUACAUAAAGAAAUGCCAUAACCGUUUCCCUUUCGCCGCCGACUUCAAGCCGGCGUCGGCGUCCCCAAGCGAGAGCAAUCACGUGUCCCAAGACCAAGACAACUGCAACAGCAACUGAUGACCGUUCAAACUGCGCCUACAACAUUGCAGGGAAUUAACCGGUGUCUUAGUGUGCAAGUGCUGACUGUAUCAUCCGGUUAAAAGUGUUUUAAAUGAAAUUGUCACAUAGGUUGUUGAUUUUGUGGUAUGUCGUACCUCAGGACUGGUAACUAAUUGUUUUAUUAUGUUUUAUUUACAUCUUUGCUUUUUUCCUUGUAUAUUUUCGCAUGGAAUUGUUGUGAAUUAUUUCGGAAUUAAAUUUACCGUUCUUUUUUUAGUUUUUGACAAUUUUUUACUCACCUUGCAGUACGCGUUGUAAUUCGAUUUUAAUGACUGUAUUGGUGAUAACUAGAAACCAUUUGUACUGUUGGGUUUUUUACUUGUGUGUUUCUAUAGUGAAAUUAAUGAAUGGUCUGGAGUCGCACAGUGACGCUGAAAUGUCCACCGAUGGUAAUUCACAAUCAAAAUAAUGAUUAUUGUGUGAUUCCAGUUUUAGACAUAAUAAUCAUAUUCACAACAUUAAGUUUGUAGAUACCCAUUACUCGUAUUGAAAUCGUUUCAAUACCAUAAUUUAUAAUUAUUGUAAAUUUUGGUUAAUAAAAAAUACUUAAUA